AUCGUUCACCCCUCCUCCGUGUUAAUCUAUGAGGGAUAAGCGUCGUGCUACAUGGCUCGUUCGCUUUGAUCGACGCCCUACGUUAAGGCUGCGACGACGCAAUAUAUUCCGAAAAAGGCCAGGCGCACAAUGGUCAGCCGAGCAAGGUACUUUCUCCUGGCGACCUUCAUCAUUCUUCCGUUGGGCUUGUACAUAUCAACUAGGCUGGCCCAACUACCGACCCGCUCAUUCUUUCCCCCAUUGCCCGGGGGUAAUGUAUUUUUCCAAUUUUCAAACGAAAGCCAACCAGCACUAAAAAACUCAUCAAGCAUGACAGCAACUAAUCUGUGGAAUCCAGUGCGAGAAUUGUCCAGGGGAUACGGACGCCUGCCGUUCCCAAUAGAAACCACCGACGAUCUGCCGAACGCUCACUCCGUCGUCUUAAAUUGCAAGAGGAACUUGGACUACCUCUUCUUCGUGCAUACGGCUCCUGACCAUCAUCUGCAUCGAAAGAUCCUACGAGACGCAUUAGGCAAGGACAGCUUGUCCCUAGCGUACAACUGGAACAUAGUGUUUUUCGUCGGCCUUUCCACCAACAAAGACACUUCGCGAGCCAUCAAGACAGAGGCAGAUGAGCACGGUGACAUCGUUGUCCUACCCUACUACGACACAUACAAGAACUUGACCUACAAGUUUGUGUACGGCAUGAAAUGGGUCACGGAAUACUGUUCCGAUGUAAAGUACGUCGUGAAGAUAGACGAUGACGUUGUGAUAAACCUAGCACUGAUGAUGACGUAUCUCAAUGAAGUGCCGGCGUCACAAGCUCGUGUUUUGCAUUGCCAAGUCUGGGAACACAUGCCCGUCCUUAGAGAAACGAACUCGCCCUGGUAUCUCUCGAAGGACGUUUAUCCCAACAAAGAGUAUCCGGAAUACUGCUCGGGGAGGGGGCUGGUGUUUAGGAGUAGCCUCUUACGUCCGUUGUACAAUGCCACGUUCUGCUUGCUGUUUCACGGCAUAGACGAUGCCUUUGUCACCGGUGACGCGGCGUUGGUUGCUAGGGUAGGCCACGUUGAUAUCAGUCGGUCAUUUUCGCACGAGGAUAAAGACUGGACCAAAGUGACCUCGGGUAGCAUUAUGUUUUGUCACGUUCAUGACAAAACUUUACGGAGCAAGUCGUGGGAUAUUAUUGUUAAAAAUCUUACUAGUUCUUUACAAGAAACUAGCACGUCUAAUUUAGCUGAUAAAGCGACGGUGAGCCAGCGUUUGAAAGCGGUGGUUACGUAGUUUAAUACAUACAAUGGAGUCGUCGUGCUCUUGCAUAUAUAUUAAAAUAAAAUGCCCUCCAGGAGCGUGCUCAUUAAAAACGCAAGGAUAUGCGUUCGCGAGCUUAACUAAAGCGUGAGUACUGCAAUGUUCACUUGCUGCUUUUGUGAUCCCGCCAAAAGGGAUAUUCCUGAAUUAUCGAAUCAUUCAAAGAUCAUUUGAAAAAGAACAAGCUAACAGAAUUCAACCAAUUAACGAGUCGGAAUUAUUCGUGCUAUGCAUUCCACGGAUUCGGCCACAAUCCAUGUUUGUGCGUCUAAUCAAUUAUUUAUUGUACAACCUGGCACUCAUUCAAGUUUUGUAGUAGAAGAAAUAGUACCGCGCUUCAUUUAAUGUUUGUUCUUAGCACAGACGUAAUUGAAACCCAAUAUGGCGCUUUCUUUUCGCCAGAGUUUAAGUAAUGCCAUUUGACAUGUUUAAUGAAAAUAACUUUUGACGCGUUGAUCUAGAAUUCUUUAUGAACUAGAAGAAGUCACAUAGCUUUAGUUAAAUCGCAAGAUAUGCACAACCUUAAUCUUAUAUUCACGAGCCACAUUCUUAAUACUCCGAAAAAUACUCCAACGCCACAAAAUUAAACAAAAUCACACGAAAUAAUUUUUAAUAUAUAUAUGUCAUACCGUAUGUGUCAUUAAAUAUUUGCCUUGCUGCGCCCACAUUCGACUGUAUGAGUUUCAAAGGAAGCUUCGGAGGAAUUUCUCCAGAUUGCUUAGCUGUGAUGAUUAUCGUGUAAUUUAUUUAAUUAUGUGAUUAUGUCUUUACUGUUUGUGCUUAAAGGUACGUAAACAUUUACUGAACUUGUGAAAAUAAAUAGAAAUGAAUGUGCAUCGCAACAGUUUUGGAAAAGGGAAACCUCUUUUGUAAUAUGUUACGUUCGUCUUGGAGUGAAAUCUUACAUGCCUGUUACGUAAUGAUUGAUUUAUUAAGCUUUGUGAAGAACUUUCCUAGAAAUUUUAUAUAUAUUAUCUGUUUUAUGAGUUUCAUUAACGAACUUUAAAUGGAAUGUUUCAGGGUUGCGAGGUUCUAAAGUGAAUUCAGUUAAUUGUCGUUGCGCUUUGUUGGAGUGGGAACAAACCUGAAUCAAGUACCCUAACCAGCUUAAUGUGAUAUCAACGAGACACGUAACCUGUGCAUAUUUAUAAAAACCGAUUUUUACAUGUAUAUACAGGGUGUUUCUGAAAAAGCUUUCAAAAAUCCCUAAAAUAUGCUGUUUGAGAUUAAAAAAAAAAGAAAACUAUUUCCGACAACAAAUUUCCAGCCUUGGGGGUUGUCAGUGAUUUCAAACAGGUACUAAUUAGCAACGUAAUUAAGUAAAAUGUACUAAAUAUUUUUUUAUUUAUUGUAAAUAAACUUAAGGUUCCACUCAGAAACUUGCUACGCAACAUCGAAAACCGCAAAAUCAAAAGCUUUUUUAGGAAGAUGUCAGACCGGGGCAGCAUUUUAAGGCGUUCUAAAAAAAACUUUGGACGCGUUUUCAGGUUCCGGUUUCUCAUCGAUGCCGUUGCGCCCGCGGUCCUGGUUGCCGGUGGUCGCUGCGCCAAACCUCCGCGUCGCCUCCCUCGUAGCAUAAGAGGAAGUAUGGCGCACGUGUGUCGCGCGUCUCGGCCACUGGGGGACAGGACCGCGGGCGCAAAGAUGCGCUCCGACAAGCAACCGAAACAAAGAAAGGCGUCAAAAUUUAGCAGUUAUAAGACUGGAGUAGAAGACUCUGGCUGUACUCGAGGCUGCAAACGAAUGCACGUGGUGAGCUGGGCCGGCGCACGACGUACGUCGAUAUGUGUUCACUUGACUUCGCCAAUACGGCGUUUUCGUUCGCUCCCCGUGCCAGCAAAAUAGCAAUUUAUUCGUUAUUCGCUGUGUAUUGUAUGUGCGACAAGAGGAAGAGGGUACUUACUCCAUCGCCUCUGAGUGUGAAACAAUCCACGACGUCGUAAGCAAUGGCGGUCCGGAGACGAUAGCAGAAGACAAAUACACACCCGAGCGAAACCGAGACCUAAACUACCCGCGUCGGUCGCUGCUCUUCUGCACAUUGCCCUUUGCCAAUGGGCGUGUAAUUGUGUAGGAAACAGCAGGUAUAAGCUACUUGGAUGAGAAAAUAUGUUAGUCAGAAUUAAUCUGAAAAUGGUUUCCUCACUUCUCAGUUUUUUGUGUGGUGCGGGUGGUGUUCUUCUACUGAGCUUUUAGUGUUCUGUACUGUCUGGGUAGAUCGCGGGUAGUAUGGGUUCCGGUGUCCUUUCCGUGGUCAGAUGUGCACAAUCUCGGGCCGUGAUAUGGGCGUGUGCAUUGCCUUUCAUGGAUGACCUUCCUGUGCGGUACUUUGCCUUGUAGAAUGCGUAGCGUACACGGGUGCCACCCAGCCAGACGUUAAGCUGCGGCAUUCCUCUUACGAAUCCGUCACUAUGGUGGAUGUUCGGUUUGCGUAAGGGCAAGAGCUACGGUAAGCUCUUCAAUACAUUUUGUCGUUGCCCGUGGGAUGGAAGCGCUGCUCAGAUACUCACACCCGUCCGUCAACACGGUGAACAUGGCUCAUAUGCCGUUGUAGUUGGCUGCGUCGGUUUGCGCCAUCAUGGGGAUUGUGUCUUAUUUAAGGUUUUGGCUUCUGCUUCUAUGAGGCCUUCACGAUGGCUCGGGUACAUGUUUUGAGGAAUUGGGUCAUAAUUACAUGUUUACGCCACAAUUCCGUCAUCACCCGUGGCUGAGGCUGGUCUCGCGGAACCAUGUUGUGUUUGGUCAGAACUUUGCGGUCCGUUUGUGUGUGAGCGAGCCGUGCACUUUGAUUUGACAAGUGGACCUUAAUUAGUUCCUCCACUUUGUUAUGUAGCGCUAUACGAAGCAACUUCUCUGUGGGUACGUUCAAGGUAAUCCUAGUGCUUGUUUCACUGUGUCCCGUAUGAGCACGUCGAUCUUGGCUUGUUCCAGAUUUGCUCAGGGUGACGAAGGAAGCGGCGUGAGGGGACAAAGGCUUGGACUUAGCCUGACCCUGUCUCCCUCUUUAGUGCCUUUGUGUUGGAUUGCCAGGAAUGAAAAUGACGAAAGAAUGAACAGUGAAUUGAAAAUAAUACUUUAAUUGUCG